GGACCCGCCGCGCCAACAUUUUUGAUCCAGCGCCUCGCGCCUGUAUCACCAUCACGUAACUCUAAACGCACAUCCACCAUGGCGCAGCAACAGCAAAUAACCAUCGACCGGCUCCUCAACCAAGCGCCCGACAACCCCGCCGCCGUGCUCGCCGCCCUCUCGCAGCGGCCCGACCUCGCCUCCGCCCGCGACGCCAACGGCUACUCGCUCGUGCACGCCGCCAGCUCGUACAACCAGCUCUCGCUGCUGCGGGCACUGGUGCAGCAGUACGGCGCCGACGUGAACAUGCGCGACGACGACAACGAGACGCCGCUGUUCGCGGCCGAGACGGUCGAGGCCGCGCAGUGCCUGGUCGAGGAGCUGGGCGCCGACCAAGCCGCGCGCAACCACGACGGCCAGACGCCCGAGGACAAAAUCGACGCCGAGGCCGACUUCCCCCUCGUCGCGGCGUACCUGCGCACGCGCGCCGGCGGCGACCCCAACGCCGCGGCCCACGUCGUCAACAAUGCUGCCGCUGACGGCCAGCAGCUACGGCAUCCCCCGCCCUUGCCCAACGGCAUCAAGGUCAACAUGAGCCAGGUCGUCGAGGAUGCGCCCGAGGAUGUCGGCGAGGUCGACCCCGAGUUUCGCCGCAGGAUCGACGAGUUGGCUGCCCGCGACGACUUUCAGAGCGACGAGGGCCAGGCCCAGCUGCGCCAGUUGGUCAUGGAGGCGCUGGGGGGCAUGAAGAGCGAGGGGGACCGGGAUGCCCAGAGGAGGAGAGUGGAGUAAUUCAAUUGAAAAAUCGGUGUUAUGGAGCGAAGCGGUGAAGGACAAAAGUCACGGCUUGCGUCACGCACUGCGUCUCGUAUUACGAUGACGCGGAAACCGACGCUGGGGCGUUUGAGGGCUAUGCUAUCUGAGGCUUUAAGAGCUUGGCAGAUGAGGCGCGGAUCCGCCUUGGUCGGACUGAAGAAAAGGGGAAAGAAGAUAAAAUCCUUCCCAUUUCAUGGGAAAUUGCUGCAAACCACGGGUCAGUAACCCGGAGACUUUAUCUUUGAAGUAUGGGCUACGAGUGUUCAAUUGGAAGCCAACCCUGGACGAUGACAUGAGCUG